UUGUUUCGUUUUCUACCAUCGAAGCAAACAGCUAAAACCCUUUUCUUCGUCUUCUUGUUUCUUGAAACCUUGGCCAGGCCGUCCCUCCCGUUUUCCGGCGGUGGCUGACGUCUCGUUUCAUCUCUCACUUCCGCACAUUUUCUAGUCUAUCAACACAACCAGAAGAAGCAGUGUCAAGUGCAGGAUAAUGGUUGCUACUAAAAACGCCAAGUCUCAACUUGACCCUGCUGCUCUGCAAUCCGAUGUUGCAUCUUUUGCCUCUUCCCUCGGCUUUUCCUCCGCUCCUUCCUCUGGCUUCAACGACUCCGAUUUCCGGAAGACCGGCCCCAUUAGAACCAGCGCACGCCCACCCUCUAAACCUCCAAGGGAUUUUAAGGAUUCUAAAUUUGAAAAACGUAAGGACAUACCCGUUAGAAAAUCUAAACCACCACAAAAUCGAAACAAUCAUCCCGGAGAAAGUGAUCCAGUGGUUGAAAACAGCAACAGAUUCAAGAACCUCCCGAAGCUGCCGCUUGUAAGAGCCAGUGCAUUGGGCGUUUGGUACAACGAUGCGGCUGAGCUGGAGGAAAAACUGAUUGGUAAAGAUAAGAAAAUCGAGUUCAGUAGCGUCGAUGAGUGGAAGCAUUUUGUGGAGGAAAAGAAAGAGCUGGGAGAGCGGUUGUUGGUGCAGUAUGCGCAGGAUUAUUUAUCGUCAAGAGGGCAGCACGGCGAUAUUAAGAUGCUUCUUGCCACGCAGAGGUCAGGCACAGCUGCCGAUAAGGUCUCAGCGCUGUCCGUGUUGAUCGGGGAUAAUGCUGUUGGAAAUUUGAGAGCAAUUGACUCACUUCUGGGGAUGGUAACAUCGAAAGUUGGGAAGCGACAUGCAUUUACAGCCUUUGAGGCUUUGAAAGAAAUGUUUUUGAUUCUGCUCCCUAAUCGUAAGCUGAAGACCCUUUUCCAACGGCCGUUAAAUCACCUAUCUGAUACAAAAGAUGGUCAUUCGCUAUUACUGUUUUGGCAUUGGGAGGAAUCUUUGAAGGAGAGGUAUGAGCGCUUUGUCUCUGCACUUCAUGAAGCUUCUCUUGAUGUAAUAGUUAAACUUAAGAGUAUGGCAUUGAAGAUUAUGUUUGUGCUGCUGAAAAGUAAAUCGGAGCAAGAACGCCGGCUUCUCUCUUUUUUGGUGAAUAAGCUUGGAGAUCCUGAAAACAAGGUUGCAUCAAAUGCUGAUUAUCACUUGGCAAAUCUUUUAGCUGAGCAUCCAAAUAUGAAGGCAGUGGUGAUUGAUGAGGUGGAUAAUUUCCUUUUUCGCCCUCAUCUUGGAUUGCGAGCCAAGUAUCAUGCUGUAAACUUUUUGAGUCAAGUUCGCUUGAGUCCAAAAGGUGAUGGGCCUAAAGCAGCGAAACGAUUGGUUGAUAUUUAUUUUGCUCUAUUCAAGGUUUUGAUAUCUGAGGCUGGAGCAGAACCAUCUGUUGCAAAGCAUGGCAAAAAGGCUUCUAGUUCUUCAAAAAAGGAUAAAACAAAAGACACAUCAGAAUCACACGUUGAAAUGGAUUCUCGGUUAUUAUCAGCUCUUUUAACUGGUGUUAAUAGAGCUUUUCCAUUUGUGUCCAGUGAUGAAGCAGAUGAUGUACUGCAGGUUCAGACUCCUUUGUUGUUUAAGCUGGUUCAUUCUAAGAACUUCAAUGUUGGGGUUCAAGCCCUGAUGCUUCUUGACAAGAUCUCAUCUAAAAAUCAGAUUGUCAGUGAUCGCUUUUACUGUGCUCUGUACUCAAAACUUCUGCUUCCUGCCAUGAUAAAUUCUUCCAAGGAGGAAAUGUUUAUUGCUCUAAUAUUGAGGGUGAUGAAGAAUGAUAUAAAUAUAAUGCGAGUUGCUGCAUUUGCCAAGCGUUUAUUACAGGUUGCCCUACAACUUCCCCCUCAACAUACUUGUGGAUGCCUUUUCCUACUUUCUGAAGUCCUUAAAGCACGCCCUCCACUUUGGAACAUGAUGCUACAAAAUGAGGCCGGUGAUGCCAAUGAAGAUCUAGAGCAUUUUGAAGAUAUACCAGACAAUGAUGACAAUCAAGCAGGAAAUGAUUUCAAUAAAGAUAAAGCGACUGACACCAGCAGUGAAUCUGACAAUGAUGCUGAUGAUUCAAUUGAUAGAAGUAACUUUUCGAAUUCCGAUUCUGAAGAGAAUGGUUUUAGUGAAUCAGAUGAUUUACUCGGGGUAGAUGGUCUUGAUAAACUUGAGGGAUCUAAGCCUACUUCUGACCAGGAAAAGCACAAUACUCAAGCGCGAACACGACCAGGAGGUUAUGACCCUCGACACAGGGAGCCUAGAUACUGCAAUGCUGAACGAGUUGGCUGGUGGGAGCUUACAGUACUAGCACAACAUGUGCAUCCAUCAGUUGCUGCAAUGGCUAGAACUCUUCUAUCUGGAGUCAACAUCGUAUAUAAUGGAAAUCCACUUGCCGAUCUUUCACUUGGUGCAUUCCUGGACAAGUUUAUGGAAAAGAAACCAAAACAAAACAUAUGGCAUGGCGCUUCCCAAAUUGAGCCAGCCAAGAAGAUUGACAUGAACCGCCAGAUGAUAGGAGCUGAAAUCUUAAAACUGGCUGAAUCGGAUGUGGCCCCCGAGGAUGUUGUUUUCCAUAAGUUCUACAUGAAUAGAAUGAAUUCCUCUAAGAAGCCCAAAAAGAAGAAGAAGAAGACGGCUGAGGAUGAGGCUGCAGAAGAGUUGUAUGAUGUUGACGGUGAUGAUAUCGACGUUGAUGGUGAUGAUAUCGACGUUGAUGGUGAUGAUGAAAGUGACAAUGAAGAGAUUGAUAACAUGCUUGAUUUUGCUGCCAAUCCUUCCUCAGAGGCAGAGGACCAUGAUUAUGAUGACCUGGAUGAAAUGGACGAAGAGGAUGAUGAAGAUUUGAUCCGUGAUGCUAGUGAAGAUGAACUAGGUGACACCCUAUCAGAUGUUGAAGGUGAAGCAAGUGAGGAUGGUGAUGUUGCAGUGGGAGAAGCAGACGAUGAUGGUGAGUUGGAUGAAACAUUUGAUCAAGGAAGAAAGAAUACAAAGCGAAAACGUAAACGUGGGAAAUCUGGAGCUGGAGCAUCUCCAUUCGCAAGCCUUGAAGAUUACCAACACUUGAUGGAAGAUGAAGAUGAAGGUCCCGAGUCAAACCCAUGGAAGAAAACGACGAAAGCUAAGAAGCAGAAGCAAAAAUCAAACAAGAAGAGGAAAGCAUCAUCUUAGUAAGAAUAAGAAGAAGAUAUCAAUUGUGCCUCUAAAAUCAAAUUUGUUAUUGUUAUAGCCUGUGGCAUUAUGAUAGAAACCCACAAUAGAAUAUGAUCCAUCAUAUCACAGUUUUGAAGAAAUCAAUACAUCUUGUUGCUCACCUCUGGAAUGUAACAAAUUCUUCAUUACGAUACA